CCUUAUCCAAAAUGGCGCUGGUUUACUUCCGGACUUUCAUUCUAGCCGGCUGCUCAUUGUAGCGCCGUUCUGCCAGCAGCUUGGCCCCCCUCGAGUGACUCGGUACUUCCGGUUCCGGCCCCAUUGUUGCAAAGCGAUGGCGGCGCGGGCUGGUUUCCAAUCGGUGACUCCAGGGGGAUCCGGGCCGGCUGGGGCAGCCAUGGGCCCCGGGACCCCAGGCCCGGCUGUAAGAAUGGGCCCCGCCCCAGGACAAGGGAUGUACCGCUCUCCGAUGCCCGGAGCAGCCUACCCGCGGCCUGGAAUGCUUCCGGGCAGUCGCAUGACUCCUCAGGGACCAGCCAUGGGUCCUCCCGGUUAUGGAGGAAGUCCAGCUGCUCGCCCAGGGAUGGCUCAGUCAGGCAUGGACCAGUCCCGUAAGAGACCUGCACCUCAACAGAUUCAGCAAGUACAGCAACAACAAGCAGCUCAGAAUAGGAAUCACAGUGCUAAAAAGAAGAAGAUGGCUGACAAGAUUCUACCUCAGAGGAUUCGGGAGUUGGUACCUGAAUCUCAGGCUUACAUGGAUUUAUUGGCUUUUGAGAGGAAAUUGGAUCAGACUAUUAUGAGGAAACGUCUUGAUAUUCAGGAAGCCUUGAAAAGGCCGAUCAAGCAAAAACGAAAACUUCGGAUCUUUAUUUCUAACACGUUUAACCCAGCAAAAUCUGAUGUUGAGGAUGGAGAGGGGACUGUGGCCUCUUGGGAGCUGCGUGUAGAAGGUCGUCUCCUUGAGGACGCAGCUUUGUCCAAAUAUGAUGCUACUAAACAGAAGAGAAAGUUUUCCUCCUUUUUUAAGUCUCUGGUUAUUGAACUAGACAAGGACUUGUAUGGACCAGAUAAUCAUCUAGUGGAGUGGCACAGAACGCCGACCACGCAGGAAACAGAUGGGUUUCAGGUGAAGCGUCCUGGAGAUGUCAAUGUGCGCUGCACUGUGUUACUGAUGCUAGAUUAUCAGCCACCCCAAUUUAAGCUUGAUCCUCGCUUGGCUCGUCUUCUCGGUAUUCACACCCAGACUCGUCCCGUCAUCAUCCAAGCCCUAUGGCAGUAUAUCAAAACUCAUAAGCUUCAGGACCCUCAUGAAAGAGAGUUUAUAAUCUGUGACAAGUACCUCCAGCAGAUCUUCGAGUCCCAGCGGAUGAAAUUUUCCGAGCUCCCUCAGAGACUCCAUGCCCUUCUUAUGCCACCGGAGCCCAUCAUAAUCAAUCACGUCAUUAGUGUGGAUCCAAAUGAUCAGAAGAAGACGGCUUGUUAUGAUAUCGAUGUUGAGGUGGAUGAUACUUUGAAAACACAGAUGAAUUCCUUCCUCCUUUCCACUUCCAGUCAGCAAGAAAUUGCAGCUCUAGAUAACAAGAUCCAUGAAACCAUCGAAACAAUCAAUCAACUGAAGAUCCAGAGGGAAUUUAUGUUAAGUUUUGCCCGUGACCCUCAAGGGUUCAUCAAUGACUGGUUGCAGUCUCAGUGCCGUGACCUUAAGACUAUGACUGAUGUUGUGGGCAAUCCUGAAGAGGAACGCAGGGCAGAGUUUUAUUUCCAGCCCUGGGCUCAGGAGGCUGUAUGUCGAUAUUUCUACUCAAAGGUGCAGCAAAGACGUCAGGAGCUGGAACAAGCUCUGGGGAUUAGAAACACAUAACAAGCUACCUUUUGGAUCUAUUAAACAGAGUGUACCUCAUAGCCAACAUCUUGACAUCUUCUUGAGGCUUUAGGAAGCUGCUCUAGAUUGUUCCGGAUUUGAGGAAUCUAUGAAACGACUGACAAUUGGAAUAAGGACACACUAAUAGUUAUUUAUACUCUCCUCAGUUGUUACAUAAAGUAAAGGCCAGAGAAUACUUGAGGGCUAGGCAUGUUAUAUUCCGAAGGAUAAAGUACAUUUAUUUUUAGACUUCC